UUUGCCAACAAAUAAAGAAAAUGGAAACAAACAUAAAAAAGCCCUAGUUCCCAAAUUUAAAAUUGGUGAUCAAAAGCUUGAAGUUCAAGCGGGAAAUCCCUAAUUGUAACGACUCAUUUGAUUCAAUGACGAACACCGAAACUCUUAAUCCACCACCACCACCACCACUAGAUUCCCAACCGGAGUACGGUGGCUCCGCCACGAAGCCACAGCUUAUCGAAAUUGACGAUGCUGAUAACAAGGUUGUUGCAAACAAUAGAGUUAAAGAUGUGGAAAUAAGCAUUCCGGUUGUGUAUGGAACUAUUGCUUUUUACCUUGGUCGAAAGGCGAUUGAAACCCAGUCACAUAAGUGGACAGUGUAUAUACGCAGUGCAACAAAUGAAGAUCUCGGAAUACUAUUAAAAAAAGUCGUGUUCCAAUUGCAUCCCAGUUUUGUUAACCCUACAAGAGUUGUAGAAUCACCUCCUUUUGAGAUAUCAGAAUGUGGUUGGGGUGAAUUCGAGAUUGCCAUCUCUCUUUUCUUCCACAAUGAUGUCUGUGAUAAGCAGUUGGACUUGUAUCACCAGUUGAAGCUGUAUCCAGAAGAUGAAACUGGUCCUCAGUCUACCAAGAGGCCUGUUGUUGUGGAAUCGUAUAAUGAGAUUGUCUUCCCUGAUCCUUCUGAAAACUUUUUGGCUCGUGUGCAGAAUCAUCCUGCCGUAGUUGUGCCGCGGUUGCCAGCUGGAUUCAACUUGCCUCCUGCAGCUUCUGUUCAAUAUAUGAAUGAGAGGAGGAGAGGAGAUACCAAAGAUCAUCCACUGUGUCAUUGGUUCUUGAAUUUUUCAGAGGCAGAUGAGCUUUUGAAGCUUGCAGCAGCUCGUCAGCAGGUACAAGCUCAUAUUGUUAAGCUGAGAAGACAACUGAAUAUGAUGGAUGGACUGCAACAAAUGUCUGUAAUAGCCUCUGGUUAUGAUUUGUGAAUGUAAAGUAUCAUGCUAUCUUAGUUUCAUAGUUUGUUGGAAUGUAAAUUGUAGUACACAACAACUCAUUGUAGUUAGAUGCUUUUCAGAAUAGCCUGCAUUUAUCGA